AUGUUGCAGAUCGUGCCUGGUGCCUUCGACGCAGCACUCUGCCAUUUCCCGACCGAGAAUCUCCAGGGCAAUGCGCCGGGGUUCAAGUCCAUCUCCGUGCGCGCGGGCGCAUCCUCCACCGAGGCCGUGUUAGAGGCUUGGACGGUCGUACUACGAUAUUACACGGGGAGCGAUGUCCUCUCCUUUGGGUUGGCCGACAGCACGGUGGCCGAUGCCUCGUGGUUUGCGGUGUGCCACGGUGAGAUCCCUGGCGACACUGCUCUGGCGCAGCUUCAGCCGUCGGUUCAACAGCCGGCGCAGGAUGUACCGACCGUCCAGAGUUUCAAGGACUGGGCGGCCAUAAGCAGAUCAUUCAAUACCCUUGUCUGGAAGUCGACGCAGACUGAGGAACCACAUCUUGCCGAAGUCGAUCCCUCUCAUUUUCCCCUUAUACUCUCAGUCGCCGAUGCGACAGAAGAGCUUCAAGUGACCCUUCAUUAUGCCGCGCAGGCCAUCGGCGACAGCAUCGCAGCUGCAGUUGCGGAAGCGGUUGCGAAAGCGACAGCGGCGAUCCGCGACGCACCCCAUACCAUAAUCGGAGAGGUGGAUCUUCUUGGGCCGUCCUCGUGGACGCGAUUCCAGGAGCUGAAUGCGACGGUGUCUCCGACCAUCGAUGCUUGUCUGCAUGAACAGAUCGACGAAGCGGCGAAGCAUUGCCCGGAUCGCACGGCGCUGGAAUGCUGGGAUGGAUCCCUAUCGUACUCGGAACUGGUAGACUACACUGCGCGACUGGGCAACUUCCUCAUCUCCCAGAACGUCGGACCAGAGGUGUUCGUGCCCGUCUGCUUCGACAAGUCCCUCUGGGCCGUAGUCUCCAUGUUGGGAGUUCUGAAGGCCGGCGGCGCAUUCGUCUGCAUCGACCCCGCCCAGCCGAUAGACCGUCUGAGGACAAUCAUAAGCGAAGUAGAAGCCAACCUGGUGCUUACGGCGCCGGGCUAUGUGGACAUGGUGGCGCCGAAUGUGUCGCGAAUCAUCGCCGUGGACGCAGACUUCAUCCGAAACCUACCCCCCUGCCCCGACCUCCCUAAGCGCGCCAGUCCGCGCGAUGCAGCCUUCGCAAUCUUCACCUCCGGUAGUACCGGAAAGCCCAAGGGGAUCGUGCACGAGCACCGCGCGGUAUGCUCUAGUGUCAGCGCACACAGUGGACCGCUAAACAUCAACAGCGACACCCGCACAUUCCAAUUCGCAGCCUAUACGUUCAUCGUCAAUACCUUCGAGCUGUUCACCCCGCUGGUUAAAGGUGGCUGUGUCUGUGUGCCCUCCAAGGAGGACCGGUUAGGUCGAACAACGGCCGCGAUGCGUGAACUCCGAGCCAACUGGUUCUGCACGACCCCUUCCUUCCUGCGAUCCAUCAAGCCAGAAGACGUUCCGGAUAUCAAGACGUUACUGCUGGCCGGCGAGCCAGUCCAACAGGAUAACCUCGACACAUGGCGCAGUCGGGUGCGGAUGCUGAACAUGUACGGGGCAAGCGAAGCGUCCGUCUGCGUGACAGGAGAUCUUUCGGGAUCCGUCGAGCGCUCAACGAUCGGCCGGGGCACAGGCGUCGCUGCUUGGGUCGCCGACAUCAACAAUCACGAUCGGCUGGCUCCGCUCGGUGCAACCGGUGAACUGGUGGUCGAAGGUCCCGUGCUAGCACGAGAGUACAUCCAUCAGCCGGAGAAGACGGCUUCUGUCUUCAUUUCGAACACUCCAUGGCUGAAGGAUAUUCGGGGCGCAGCGUCAUCCGCUCGGGCUUACAAGACUGGUGAUUUGGUGCGACUGGGAAGCAAUGGCCUGAUCAACUUGGUCGGACGCAAAGAUAUGCAGGUGAAAUUGCGCGGCCAGCGUAUUGAAUUGGAGGAGGUGGAAUUCCACUUGCGCCAGGAGUUGCCCCGCGGGACAGAGGCAGCAGUAGGCCUUGUCAAGCCGGUCGACCAGCAGGACCGACCCAUGCUGGCGGCUUUCGUGGCACUCAGGAAGGGAUUCGACGAUAACUUCCGAACUCCCGACCCGGCAUCAGCGGAGGAUCUCGAGGCGCUGACCCAGGGUUGGAAGAGCAAAGUCUCUGCUGCUGUUCCUGCGUAUAUGGUUCCUUCGACAAUGGUCAAGCUGAACCAUAUGCCACUGUCCCCAUCCGGCAAGACCAACCGCAAGGCGAUCAGUGAUUUCGCCUCACAGUUGACUGUUGCUCAGCUGACGGGUGCCACCAAGAAGAAUCACCGGGAGCCUGCCACGGAGAUUGGCUUUGUGCUUCGCACAAUCUGGGCUGAAGUCUUGCAGGUUGAGGAGGAAUCAAUUUCAGCAGAGGAUGACUUUCUGCAGCUGGGUGGCAACUCCAUCGAUGCCAUGAAACUCGUGAACCUUUGCGGAUGUGAAAAUAUUGGGUUGAGUGUGGCAGAUGUCUUCACCCAUCCGACUCUGGACGAUAUGGCAGAAGCUUCCAUUCUGCUCGACAGCAUCCAGCCAUUUGAAGAUGUGCCAUUCUCCUUGCUUGACACCAGCGAGAAUCUCAACAGCGUGCUCGACGCUGCAGCCGAGCAGUGCCGCGUCGACAAGUCAGCUAUCGAGGACCUCUACCCUUGCACCGCGAUGCAGGAAGGUCUGAUGGCGCUCUCGGAUAGUCGCAACGGAGUGUACAUGGCGCAGCACACUCUUGCUCUCGGUCCGAACAUUGACCUGGAACGAUUCAAGCAAGCAUGCCAGGAAGUAGUCACCGCACACCCCAUCCUGCGGACGCGCAUCAUCUACCGCCAGCAGUCGGUAUCGCUACAGGCUGUGAUCCAGGGGAAUAUUGACUGGCGUACUGGCGAAAGCCUCGAGGAGUACUUGGCAAAUGACAAAAAGCAGCCUAUGGGGGCAGGAGAUGCUUUAACCCGCUACGGGCUUGCUCCUGGGGAGCACGGAUGGAUCUUCGUAUGGACCGCUCACCACGCUGUCUACGACGCCUGGACACUAGAUCUUGUCUUUGAACGUAUUGACAAGGCAUACAAGGGUCAGCAGCCGGCUCGAGAUGUGACCUUCAAGGCAUUCAUGGACCAUGUGGUCCAGACUGACGCCAAGGCGUCCAACGACUUCUGGCAACGAUAUCUCGCUGGCGCGAUGCGGAACGAAUUCCCGUGCACUGUCUCUACCGCAAAGCAACCGGUGUCGGACACCACUUCGAUCUACGAGAUGACUCUUCCUCGCACGGACAACCUGCCGGGAAUUACGAUGGCGUCGAUGAUUCGUGCAGCCUGGGGGAUUCUGAUCGGGUCCCAUUCCGAAUCUGAGGAUGUGAUGUUCGGAAACAUUGUUUCCGGUCGAAAUGCUCCUGUGCCGGACAUCGAUCGUCUGGUCGGUCCGGGGAUUGCCGCCGUCCCGGUGCGCGUUAAGGUUCCCGGCGAUGCUAGCACUACGGUCAAAGAGUUCGUUGGCAACUUGCAGGCUGAGGCCGCGAAGAUGAUUGCCUUUGAGCAACUGGGACUGCAGAACAUCGGUCGGUUGAGCACAGAGGCAGCCAGUGCUUGUGACUUCCAAACGCUGCUGGUUGUCCAGCCCGCCAAGGACAAGCCGGCUACCGUCGAGGAGCCGGACUUGACAGCUGUGUCGGACGCUGACGCCAAUUUCGGAACAUACGCCCUCACUUUGGAAUGCACCCUGCAGACCCAGGGAGUGAAGUGUGCCGCUCACUUCGACUCCAGUCUCAUCGCAGCUGACUACGUCCAGCGGAUCCUUGCUCAGCUGGAACACCUCCUUCAGCAGUUCUGCACGUCAAAUGCAGACACCAAGUUGGGCGAUCUCACCUUCAUCAGUGCUAAGGACGAAGAGAGCAUCCGUCAGUGGAAUCAAGACAUUCCGGCUCCGGUCCAUAAGACCAUUCAUCAGUUGAUCGAAGAGCGUAUCGCCGAGCAACCUAGCAAAGAAGCUGUCUGCUCGUGGGAUGGUUCCUUCUCCUAUGCGGACUUGGACAACCACUCUGCCCGCUUGGCACAUCGCCUUGCUGAGCUCAACGUCCAGCCUGAAGACUUUGUGCCUUGCUGCUUCGAGAAGAGCCGGUGGCCCGUCGCUGCCAUGCUGGGUGUCAUGCGUGCUGGUGGUGCUUUCUUGAACAUUGAUCCGUCACAGCCUAAAAGUCGCAUCAAGCUGAUGAUCACGAAACUCAAGUCGAAGACAAUUGUAUGCUCGCCCGAGCAACACGAGUUGUGUCUAUCUCUGGGCCCCGAAUACAAUGUAGUGGUUUUGUCUGCAGACACACCUGAAGAGCCUGCCAUCAGUGGUCUUCCUGUGACGAAUGUCACUCCUCAGAACUCAGCCUAUGUGAUUUUCACAUCUGGAAGUACGGGAGAGCCUAAGGGCACGGUGAUCCAACACGGUGCAUACGCCUCCGCAUCCACAACCCAUGCAUCGACGAUGUUGAUGGAUGACAAGACUCGCGCGCUGCAAUUUGCCUCCUUCACUUUUGACGCUAGCUUGGUCGAGAUCCUCACAACGUUAGUUGUCGGCGGUUGUGUGUGCGUGGCGUCGGAGGAGCAGCGCAAGCGCGAUGUUACUGAGGCAAUCCGAGAGACCAAGUGCAACUGGGCCGCUCUGACCCCAUCUUUUGUGAACCUCAUCAACCCGGAUGAUGUUCCGUCUCUGAAGACACUGAUCCUGGCUGGUGAAGCGAUGUCUCAAUCACACAUUGAGACCUGGGCCCAUCGACUUCGACUGGUGAACGCCUAUGGCCCCAGUGAAUGCUGUGUCUGCAGCACGAGUAACUUUGAGAUCACCAGCCACUCAAGCCCAAGGAACAUUGGGCGGGCAUGCUCUGGUGCCACCUGGGUCGUCAUGCCAAACAAUCACCACAGACUGGUGCCAGUCGGAAGCGUUGGAGAGCUCGUUAUGGAAGGCUGGAACGUGGGUCGGGGAUAUCUCGCAGAGCCAGCCAAGACACAAGCUGCCUUCGUCGAAAAUCCGAGGUGGCUCAAUAAGCAAGAUACUACACGGCCUCCGGUGGUGUACAAGACUGGUGAUUUGGUACGCUACAAUCCCGACGGUACACUGAGCUUCCAGCGCCGCAAGGACACCCAAGUCAAGCUGCGGGGCCAGCGGAUUGAAUUGGGCGAAAUCGAGUAUCGCAUCAAGCAAAGCCUACCCAACAAGCCGGACGCCAUCGUUGACAUCCUCUCUCCUAAGGAUGCUUCCAGCCAGCCUCGCUUGGUGGCAUUCCUUCCCGUGCCCGUUGAAGAAGUUUCCUCUGCUACCACCAUUAUUCCCCCACCGAGCGACCGCCAUGUGACAGCAGUGUCUGGACUCGAGGACCGGCUGGCCGACUUCCUGCCAAUGCACAUGAUUCCGAGUGCUUACCUUCCAGUGAACUACAUUCCCAAACUGCCCUCUGGCAAGGCAGACCGCAAGACAUUGAUUCGGUGUGGUAGCGAUAUGACUCAAAGACAAAUGGCCGAGUACACGGGGGCAACCGAAGAGGCGCGACCCCCGACUACGGAGAUGCAGCUUGCGUUGCAGCAACUCUGGGCCGAGGUUCUCAAGACAUCGGCCGCGCAGAUCAGCCUCAAUGACAAUUUCCUCCGGCUGGGAGGGGAUUCGAUCACGGCCAUGCGACUAGCAUCCGCGGCUCGUGCUCAAAGCAUUCCUCUCUCAACUGCCACCGUCUUCCAGCACCCGACUCUGGAGGCAAUGAGUGCCGUUGCAGAAACCUUGUCGCAUCAACAGCGACCUCAGACAUUCGAACCUUUCUCGACGCUGAAGUCCUUCACCAAGGACCAGCUGUUGAGCGAGAUCGUGCUGCCACAAGUUGACUUCCCUGCCUUUAACAUCGAGGACGUGCUUGAGGUCACCGACUUCCAAUCGCUUGCCAUUGGCGGUGGCCUCAACAAGACCCGCGGUUGGAGCAAUUACCUGGUGUUCGAUUUUACCGGGCCGAUUGACCUACGACGCCUGCAGACGACCUGCGAGGAGCUGCUGAAGCACCACGCGAUCCUUCGCACGGUUUUUGUGAAGACCAGCUCGCAACUGCUCCAAGUGGUGCUGCAAUCAGUAAGUCCCGAGUACACGUUCCAUAUCCAGGAUGAUCAAGACCCAUCCGAGACACUUGUUCGUGAAGAUCUUGCGCGGCCGCCACGUCUAGGCGAACCCAUUGUUCGAUUCAUGGUGAUUAAGAACGGGGCGAUCCGACACCGUCUGAUCAUGCGGAUCUCUCACGGGCAAUACGACGGCUCUUCCAUGCCGCUCUUGAUGCAAGACCUCCGCAGCGCCUACAGAGGUGAGUCUCUUGCUAAGCGACCCCAAUUCGCCGAUUUCGUGCGCAUGCAGUUACUCGCCAAUGAGGGCGCCGAGGCCUUCUAUCGACAGAUGCUGGCGGGAUCCGUGAUGACCGCGGUGGUCGAACACACCAGGCCGUCCAUCACCAACGUGCUCAAUACGAUGAUCGUGGACAUGGUCCCCUUGGUCGCAUACAAAGAUUAUGGCAUCACCGCCGCUACGGUGAUCAAAGCAGCGUGGGCGAUGGUGCUGGGAGAGCUGGCCGCCACAUCGGACGUGGUCUAUGGCCACAUGGUGUCGGGUCGCAACCUCGCCCUGGACAACGUCGAGUCCGUCAUGGGACCGUGCCUGAACAUUGUGCCGGUCCGUGCGGACAUGAAGACUGUGCGCACGGUCCUCGAGCUGCUGCAGAUGAUCCAGCAACAACAGACCAACACGAUUCCACACGAGUCCCUCGGUUUCCAGCACAUUAUUGACCAGUGUACCGAUUGGCCUGCCGCGACGCGAUUCAGUUCGGUCUUCCAGUACCAAGAGUUCGGGGCGGAAGAGGAUCCCACGCAGCCGGUCUCGAUGGAAGGAACCUUGAAAUGUGCCCCGGGAUUCAUCUGCCCAGCCCCUGAUGCUUGUGAUUUGUCAAUUCUGGCCACCCCGGUGGGCUCGCAGGUGCGGCUCGAGAUGAUCUUCUCGACUCACGCCAUGUCGCAGUCGUUCGCGGAGGAGACGUUGAAGAAGCUGUGCGCCAAGGUGGAGGCGAUCGCGCGCCAAGAUGUCAACACCCCGCUGCCCUCGGAGGCACAGCUGGCGUCGCGACAGGCUGUCAUCCCGUUACCUGAGCCGGGAAAGAAUAUGGCGAAUGGGCUCGUCAACGGAAUUGUGAAGCAGAUGGUAUAUGGAAUCAAUGCGAUGGGUGAGAUGAGCGGACUGAAUGGGGUCAUGGAAGGGGAAAGUGAGGCAGAAGGAGGAGAAGGAAGAGGAAGAGAAGGAGGAGCGGCAGAUCACGAGAUCAACCUGUUGGCCUCGGUGCCUAUAAGCUAA